GCGGAAGAGAAAGCAAGGAACACCGGGAAUGUCACGAAUCAGAAACCUCCAGCCGUCGCGCUUCUCUGCUCAUUCAGUCGGUGUAUUUUACUCAAAUGAGCUCAAGAACAAGGGCUUGGGCUGGUAACAUGGGUUAGCUAAAGUCUGGUUGCGGUAAACUACGGUAAAAUAAUUCUGUAUCUUUCGCGUCUCCGCCGGGAAAAUGAAACGUAUGCCCGGUUCGCUUCAGGUGCACGCCUCAUCCAACGGGCAUUUUAUUACCAUUAUCUUCAUCUCUAAGAUCACAAACGACUGCCAACCCGAUGCAUCCCUUCAGUUCGCUUCGGUUCUGGAACGUUCCAGAGAUGUCGUGGAUGAUGUGAGCGUGUCUCUUCGAUUAUGGGACACCUUCGGCGACCACCACAAAGACCGCCGCUUCGCUUAUGGCAGGUCAGAUGUGGUGGUCCUGUGCUUCUCCAUCGCCAACCCCAAUUCUCUGUUUCAUGUGAAGACCAUGUGGUACCCGGAGAUCAAGCACUUCUGCCCUCGUGCCCCGGUCAUCCUGGUGGGCUGCCAGUUAGACCUGCGUUACGCUGACCUGGAUGCUGUUAAUAGGGCACGGAGACCUCUUGCCAGACCCAUCAAAGCGAACGAGAUUCUUCCUCCUGAGAAGGGUCGUGAGGUGGCCAAAGAGUUGGGGGUGCCAUACUACGAGACCAGCGUGGUGGCUCAGUUCGGAGUGAAGGAUGUGUUUGACAAUGCCAUCCGUGCAGCUCUCAUCUCACGGCGCCACCUGCAGUUCUGGAAGUCUCACUUGCGCGACGUCCAACGGCCCCUUUUGCAGGCGCCUUUUCUGCCUCCCAAACCUCCUCCACCCGUUAUAGUCGUCCCGCCGCCCCCUUGCACCACCGAUGAGCACCAGGGCCGGCUGCUGGAGGAGCCGCUGUGUGCUGAUGUGGUUCUGGUCCUCCAGGAGAACCAGCGAGUCUUUGCUCAUAAGGUCUACCUCGCCACGGCCUCCUCGAAAUUCUACGACCUUUUCCUCCAGGAUGUGAAGGCCGAGGCUGACUGUAAGCAACCCACGGGACGGGAGCCUCCUGCACGGGCGGCCAGCUUUGACAUGUGUGAGAGCAGUGAUGAAGAAAGAAGGGUCAACCUCAGGGCCUGCAUCAGUGACGGGACCCUGAUCGGCGCAGGCUCUGAUGGGAUCCUUGAGGGCGGAUGCGGGGGGUUGCUUUUGUCGUCUUUGGGUCGGGCUUUCGUCAGCAUCAGGAGAGAAACGGUCCAGGACCCCGUCACGUUCAUCUCCCGGCCGAUGACGGUGGUGGACAUGGACCCCUCUGUGCUGCUCGGGCCGUUUCGUGUGGUCAUGCGUUACCUUUACACGGGACAGCUGGACGAACACGAGAAGGACCUGAUGCACAUCGCACACAUCGCUGAGCUGCUGGAGGUGUUCGACUUGCGCAUGAUGGUCGCCAACAUCCUCAACAAUGAGGCCUUCAUGAAUCAGGAGAUCACGAAGGCUUUCCAUGUGCGACGGACCAAUCGGGUGAAGGAAUGCCUGGCCAAAGGAACUUUCUCAGAUGUGGUGUUUAAACUGGAUGAUGGUCCCAUUCAGGCCCAUAAACCCCUGCUCAUCUCCAGCUGUGAUUGGAUGGCAGCCAUGUUUGGUGGGCCUUUUGUCGAGAGCUGUACUAAAGAGGUAUUGUUCCCAAACACGACCCGUAGUAGUAUGCAAGCGGUGCUGGAAUAUCUUUACACGGGACGCUUCUGCUCCAGACCUGACCUGGAUGCCAUGGAGCUCAUUAUCUUGGCUAAUCGCCUCUGCCUGCCUCACCUGGUCGCCCUCACAGAACUCCAUACUGUGACUGUUCUGAAGGAGGCUGCCGCCAUGGGCACGGACAUUGACGGAGAUGUGCUGGUAUAUCUGGAGAUGGCUCAGUUCCACUGUGCCUACCAGCUCACCGAUUGGUGCCUUCACCACAUCUGCACCAACUACAACAACGUGUGCCGCAAAUUCCCCAGAGACAUGAGGGCCAAGUCAGCAGAGAACCAAGAAUACUUUGAGAAGCACCGCUGGCCUCCGGUCUGGUAUCUGAAGGAGGACGACCACUACCAGAGAGCUCGGAAAGAGCGGGAAAAGGAGGACUACCUCUCCCAAAAACGGCAAAACAAGCGUAAAUGGGUGCUGUGGAAUCUUCCACCCUGCCCUUCGAACCCCUCUUCAUCUUCUUCAUCGUCCUCAUCCUCAGGCUCCUCUGCUAUCACCUGAAGAGACGAGGGUGAAACCUUAGAGAUGGAGAACCUGUAAGGUGCAGUGAACACAUCCACCAAUUUUUCAGCUUUUUCUGGUUUCAGAUCAACUUCGCAUCCGUCGUGCUUUGAAGUUCUUGGUGCCUGAAGUGCUGCACUUGGAAGUGUACAGGCAUCACAUACGACAUGGCCGGCAAGCAGGUCUAGAUGUAAACUGUUUACCGAAUGUGACU